AUGAGCGAAAUUGUCGAACAACUUAAGCAAGUGAUCGGAUUCAUUAGGAGUGGCGCUAGUAAUGAAUCCGUUAAUGCUGCUACUGAGUGGUUGUUGCAAUUUUAUCAAGAGCCAACUUCGGUUUCAACAAUUAUUAACAUUUACACUGAUUUUUCAGAAGCAAUAUAUCGACAAUUUCUUGUAAUUGCUUUGAAGCAAUGUGUCAGUAACUCCUGGGACCUUUUUGAUGAUCAAUCGAAGUCAGAUAUAAUCGCGAGUCUUUUAACGAUGUAUAAAUCAGAAUCUGAUUACAAUAAUAGGCAAAACAUCUUGCAUAUUAUUCAACUUAAGAUGGAUGCUGUUUAUUAUCCAGUAUUUAUUCCUUUCAUCCAAAGUUUGGCAGAAUCAGGUGAAAACAGCGAUUUGGAACUUAUCCUUUGUCUCUGUCCACUUGUCGAUGUGUCUCAAAUGGAACAGGAAAACGCUGAAGAAACUACGAAUUUUUUACUGACUAUGCUCGACCGUGGCUUCAAUUCUGAGGACAUUUUAACUCGAUAUUCAGCUUUAUUUUACUUAUACUUACCUAGCUGCAACACAGAUCUCAUUUUAGACAAAAUUCCUGAAUAUUGGGCUUCUGCUUUACAAAUAUUUCAACCAUUCUACGAACAACAAACACUAUUCAAGCGUGUAGCAAAUACGUUUAAUUUCGCAAUAAAUUGCCAAAAAUUUUCAGUUGAUAUUUUACCACUUUUAGAAUUAUGUUUAACGCUUGUACAUAAGCCAGAGAACGAUUCAUACUUAUUACUCGAGUUUGCUACCCUCAUAGAGUCAAUGUGCCAACAAUAUACGUCAGUUGUUGUUGAAUCAGGUUAUGUGAACAAUAUUUUCGAAGUUUUCAUGUUGAUCAGCAUCAAACUAUUCGAACCAGAUGAUCCUUUGAGUAUUACACAAGCCAACUUCUUUGAAAAAACUUUCCAAGUUUUAUGCCAGUACCAAGAACUCCUAGAAUACCUUUAUUCAUUGUUCCAACAGCUUGAAUCUAAUACGGCUAAUCAUUUUAUUAUCGUACGGUCUUUGGCUUCGAUGUUUUACUGUUCAAGAGAAUUUUUCUUGGAUAAACUUGGAGAUAUCGCAGAUGUUCUUGCAGGAGGUAUGCAAUCAGAUUCUCUACUUCUUGUUGAAGGUUCUGUAAGCGCUGUGGAUACUUUUAUUGAAAACUUUUAUAUCGAUAUCGGAGAUUUAGAAGAACCUUUAGUUAGUGAAGUAUUAGCUGCAGCUAAGAAUGCCUUAACUGUUGACGUAGUUACGGCUUUCGCAAACAUUUUGGAUAAAAUUAAUCAGUCAGAUUUUAUUUUUGACACGGCAUUUGAAUUCUUAGUAGAAAUAAUAUCGAAUUCAGAACCUGUACUUCAACAAGCUGCUCUUAGUUGUAUGAAUAUGCUCGUAAGAUCUUCAACAAUGAAAAUUUCAACUCAUUUAGAGACUUUUAUGCAGUUAAUGAUCGAAAUUAUUAAUUCUACGAGCGAUACAGCAGAUAUACUCAAACCAAUUUGCGUAGAAUGCAUUCAUAGCGCAGCAAAUAACGUUGGAUCAGAAUUUGAUAACUACGCAUCGAUUUUCCUCAACUAUAUUGUUGAGAACCUUUCAAAUGAGAGCCAAGGACUUGCUUUAACAUGUUUCCAGGCUCUAGAACUUAUGGCAAUUAAAAAACCUGAUCUUUUCAUGGAAGUUGUCGACCAAAUCAUGUCAAAAGUGUUAGCACUAGCUGCAACAGACCCAAGUAAAGAGUAUGAAAGGGCAAUGCUCUUUGCUGCGACUGAAGAUGACAUAACAGCUGUAGAAUCUCAAUAUACAGCUCUAUUUAAGCAGACAGAAAUCGCGCUUAGGCUUAUAGCGAUACUCUCGAAUAUGUCGCCAGACUUAACUAAGAUGUUUUUAACUCAUACUUUGCAAUGCGCAACAAUUCAAUCGCAAAGUCGUAAUUCUGAUUGUAAAUGUGCGUCCGCCUUCGCUGUCUCAUGCAUUGCAGACGCUUUAGCAGAUCCAAUGACGAAACCUCCCGAAACAAUUACAACUCAAAUGGGAAAUAUCAUUCUCGCGGUUAUUCCAGACGCCGAUGAUUGUCCUGAGAGUAAAGAAGCAUCCGAUGGCUUCUCAACAGCUGCCCACAUGAUCGAUGUUUUAGAAUACCAAACUUUUGGUUCAUUGACUCGAAAUUUAAUCGUCAAUGCAUUGAAUUAUAUAAAUGCAUUUAUUUCAUCAGACGAUCGUCAAUUAGUAUCGAAAUGUGGACAGACAUUAUAUUCUAUGCAGUUAUUUUUGUCUAUGGUCGCUGCAAGUGCUGGAGAAAUGGCUUUUACUGUAUUACAAGAUUUUAUGCCGAUAUGCAACAAUCUUUUGACAUCUAAUGAGCCAUCUCUCAAGAGUUUCGCUUUAUCUUUCUUCGCGUCCAUUGUUUCGAGCUGUUCCGAGUCACUUGACGAAGGAUUUAAACAAGAAUUGCUCAAAACAUCAAUGGGAAUAGCAGAAGAAUGCGAGGAAGCUGACGCAUUUGUAUUAAUACACCAGAUAGGACGUGCUGAACCACAAUUAAUUGAAAAUGUCUCUGAUGAUUUGUAUAAAUUGUGUAUUGAGAAGCUGACGAUGGAAGGAUCGAAUGCAGACAGGUAUUACAGGAUGAGAGAUAAUUGUCUGAUUGCGUUUGGAAUGCUUGUGAUGAAUAUUUGCCCAGAUAAAUAUGAUAUAGAAGAAUUUAUGUUGCCAUCUUUGAGUGCAAUGCCAUUAGUUAAGGAUUUCGAGUACAUUACAGAGCAAAUUGACUAUUUCAUCUGGUUGUACUCCAAAGCAGACAUUUCUUACAAAGAAAGUUUCUUCCAAAUUUUAGUUGUCGUGUUUGCUUUGCCAAAACACGUUUUCGACAACAUGAAAAUACCUCCUCUGUACAUAGAGAAGCUUUUGGCAGUACUACGCGAGCUUAUGGAGCUUUAUCCGAACAGAGAUGAGUUGAUUUCAACUUAUCUCGAAGGUGACGAAGAGAAAAUAGCUUUCUUUAAUGCAGCUAUGAAUUCUCAAGAGUAA